CUUCAGUGAUGUCACGUGAUUUUUAAGAAGCGGAGCGGCUGGGGCGGCGCGCUGCAUAGGAUCUGGGCUGGGGGCGGCGUCUUCGCAGCCAGUCCACAGACAGACGAAGGACGGGUUCGUGCGGUUUCUUUUCUGUGUACAGGCAUGACGGCACUUUGAACCGUGUUCGUCCAGCAUUGUUGAAUAGGCAGAAAAGAGACAUCCAUCCCAGGCAUGGCUACAGGGGGGAGAGUGCGCUCCACACGGAAGCUACGGUCCUGGAUUGUGGAGCAGGUCAGCAGCGGCCGGUACCCGGGUCUCGUUUGGGAUGACCCCGCCAAGACCAUGUUCCGCAUUCCUUGGAAACACGCCGGCAAGCAGGACUUCAGGAGCGACGAGGAUGCUGCCAUUUUCAAGGCAUGGUCAGAAUUUAAAGGGAAGCUCACCGAUGAAGGCCGUGCAGACCCUGCCUCCUGGAAGACCCGCCUCCGCGUUGCCCUCAACAAGAGCUGCGAGUUCCGCGAGGUCAGCGAGAGGUCACAGCUGGACAUCUCCGAGCCGUACAAGGUGUACCGCCUGGUGCCACUGUCCGAGCAAGGGAUGGUGGAAAACAAAAAAAAGACAGGAGAAGGAAAGAGAAAGAGAUCCCAGUGUGGCAGAGAGGAUAAAGCGAUCAAGGAGUUAAAAGAGGAGGAGGCUGCCGUCCAGCCAAUCAUCUCAUCUGUCCAGCAGGUGGGUGAUGAUGAUAAUAGCCCACAGACGGAGCAAAGCGAUUCAGUGAUUGUCCUGAAAAACGCCGAUUUGGUCAAUGAGCUCCAGGUGAACUUGAUGAUUGAGACGGCGCCUCCUCUCGGAGGCCAGCCUUGUCUCAUCAUCACACUUUACUACUUGGGCCACGAGGUUCUGAAGCGCGAGAUCUUCGGGAAUGAUGUGCGGAUCGCCCACUUCCCUUCUUCUCAUGGUACCACGGGCUCCCUGGGUUUGGUGGGCAUAGAGCGCAUCGCCCUGCCCAAGCCCCCACCUUCCCUGUUCACGGGCAGGAAGGAGCAGGCUUUCGCCUCCUUGCUGCCAUACAUGGAGAAAGGUGUGAUGCUGGCCUCCACCAAGCUCGGCAUCUACGCCAAGCGCUUCUGCCAGGCCCGGGUGUUUUGGACCGGGCCGCACACUUCCGAGUCAGGCCCGCACAAGCUGGAGUGUACAGACCACCCAGUCAUGCUGUUUAGCAGACAGGCCUUUCAGCAGGAGCUAGCGGUGUUCAGCCAGAGCGGAGGAGCACCGCCGAGGUGUGGGGUCACCCUGUGUUUCGGGGAGGAGCUUUCUGACACGGAUGACCUCUCCAGCAAACUCAUCACUGUCCAGAUCUCCCUGCCGUGGGCCAUGCAGACCAUCCAGCAGGCCCAGUCUGUCCAGAACUCGCUGGCUAUCAUCCAAGACCUGACCAGUCAAUCUCCGCUUGGCGAAGUCACUCUCAACCUGGUGUCACUCCAGUGAGAAGACACUUCUGGCAGCAGUGGAAUGGGGAUCUCAUAGUGUCUGCCCAAUUUCCUACUGGAAUCAAGGCUGGGGUCCUGACACACCUGUACCAGUCCAGCUGCUGGCCCUGCCACAAGAAAAAUCCUACUUUCCAUUAUUAUUAUUAUUUCAUACUGGAUAGCUGGAUUGGUACACAUAGAGACCUCAUAAGAGCGCCCCUCCCCCCCCAAAAAGACAUAGCGUACACAAUCAGAUGUCAUGGAGAAUGCACGGAUUGUUGUCCUUUUGAGAUCACAGGGGUUCGAGUCCCAGCAGGACAUCAUCAAAGGACAUACCACCAGUAGAAGGAAUAUCGAAGGGCUACCCUGAAUCUGAAUGCUCAGCCUGCUGGAGGAUAGAAACCCACAGCCUAGCAGAUGAAGUAUGCAAUGAGGUCUCGACCCAUUAGAGAAAUCAUCAUACUCUCUGAGCACUUGCAUGAUACUUUAUCUAUAAUGUGGUAUGUUUAUUUCAUAGCAUAUUAUCAAGAUUAGUCUGGCCAGAUUUAGCUUUUCAGUUAAAAGCCCACAUUAAACCACUAAUACAAAGUAGGGACGUUACAUGCAUAGUGGUGAGAAAUGUAAGAUACUUUGUGCUGGGCUCUGAGAUGAAGGUCCAAGGAAUGAGAAAGUGCUGCAGGUCCAUCUCACAAGAGGGAAUCAGCAGGGGACAUCAAGGUUUUUCUUCUGUGGGUUCCUGCACUACUAGAGACCUCAGGCAUGGAGGCUGCAGUUUUGUGACUCUGAAACGCGACCCUGCUAUGCCCAAGCUGCCGAUAUGUUGGGGAUAGACAGACGCCCCCUUCAGGCAGGCCAGCAAACCAGGCCCUGCCGAAGAGAGGGACUGCGAAUCGAGCGUUUGUCGCUAAUAGUCGUGUGCAAGUCGUACAAGCUGUUUGCAUGGUAUUUUGCAGUGCAAUGUGGUGAAAGAAUAAGAAAAACCUGCGCACGAUCAUUUUUUCAUUGAAUAUUGCAUGCAAGUCACGAAUAUGCAUUUUCCAGCAUAAGUUGGAAGUUAUGAGGGGAAAAGAGAUAUAAGCAGAUUCAAGAUUCUUUAAUUGUCACGUACAUAGUUACACAAAGUACAACACGUAGUGAAAUGCAUCCUGAACCGCUCUUUUGCAGACUGCGCAAGUUGCUAAAGUUAAAAAGUGCAAAAAGCAAGCUAAAAAUGCAAGCAGAGGAGUAUGUUCAACAUGAACGUAACCAGACAUAAAAGUGACCAGUGUAACAGUGCGGAUAUGGUGAGGGGUACAAGAGCACAAUGUACAUCAGGGUGUGAGAUGCAAUGGGACGUCCAGGUUCAGAAAGCUUAUGGCCUGGGGGGUAGAAACUCCUCCUAAGUCUCUCAGUCCUGGUCAUGAUGCUCCUGAGUCUCUUUCCUGAUUUCAGAAAUUGAAACAGAUGGAAUUAUUAUUGUAUGUCAAUUACAUUACAUGCAUUAAUGAAUUCUUUUUUUUGCUUGCAUCUCAGUUUUCCAGCGUAGGAUAACAGACAUACUUUUGUCUAAUAUACCCUAUGCCAGCUUUGAAGCUUGCCAGUGCUUAUUAGCGGAAUAGCGUUACGUCGUGGAAAACUAAAGAUCGAUCUGGUGGCCAGGUCCUGUACCGCACCGUCGAUCACCCCAGUACUUAACAAAAUGACAUGUUCACCAUUCCAUUACUUUGGGAUGGUGAUGUUGUGUCGUAUGAAAUAAAGUUAUAUUUACACUUUA